GACUCGGCGGGGCGCCGGCCGCGGGCGGAGACCGGGCCGGGAUCGGACCGAGCAGGAAGCGAGCCGCAGCCCUGUCGCCCGCGCCGCCUGGUCGCGGUGCCCUCCGUGUCGUCGUCGCUCUUCCCGGACGCUCGUCAGCCCCACCCCGCCCUCUGGCCUCCCCGGCGACAGGUAGCCCCGCCGCUGCACACCUGCCUUGGCUCGUGCACCGGAGACAGUGGAUAGCCCCCUUCCAAAAUGGAGGAUGGAAAGCCCGUUUGGGCACCACACCCUACGGAUGGAUUUCAGAUGGGCAAUAUUGUGGAUAUUGGUCCUGACAGCUUAACAAUCGAACCCUUGAACCAAAGGGGCAAGACAUUUUUGGCUCUGAUUAACCAAGUGUUCCCUGCAGAAGAGGACAGUAAGAAAGAUGUGGAAGAUAACUGUUCACUAAUGUACUUAAAUGAAGCCACACUCCUUCAUAAUAUCAAAGUUCGGUACAGUAAAGACAGAAUUUAUACAUAUGUCGCCAACAUUCUGAUUGCAGUGAACCCAUACUUUGACAUCCCUAAGAUAUAUUCUUCAGAAGCAAUAAAAUCCUACCAAGGGAAAUCUCUUGGAACAAUGCCUCCUCAUGUCUUUGCAAUUGCUGAUAAAGCUUUUCGAGACAUGAAGGUGCUCAAGAUGAGUCAGUCUAUCAUUGUAUCAGGAGAAUCGGGAGCUGGCAAAACAGAAAAUACAAAAUUUGUUCUUAGAUAUUUGACUGAAUCCUAUGGAACGGGUCAAGACAUUGAUGAUAGAAUUGUUGAAGCUAAUCCCCUCUUGGAGGCCUUUGGAAAUGCAAAGACUGUUCGCAACAAUAAUAGCAGUCGAUUUGGAAAAUUUGUAGAAAUACAUUUCAAUGAAAAGAGCUCUGUUGUUGGAGGAUUUGUUUCACAUUAUCUUCUAGAGAAAUCUAGGAUCUGUGUACAAGGCAAGGAGGAAAGGAAUUACCAUAUUUUUUAUAGGUUAUGUGCUGGUGCUUCUGAAGAUAUCAGGGAAAAACUUCAUUUGAGUUCCCCAGAUAGUUUUCGGUAUUUAAACAGAGGCUGUACCAGAUACUUUGCUAACAAAGAAACAGACAAGCAGAUUUUACAGAAUCGCAAGAGUCCUGAGUAUCUUAAGGCAGGUUCUUUGAAAGAUCCUCUGUUAGAUGACCAUGGAGAUUUUAUCAGAAUGUGCACAGCCAUGAAGAAGAUUGGUUUGGAUGAUGAAGAAAAGCUUGAUUUGUUUCGAGUAGUUGCUGGUGUCCUGCACCUGGGAAAUAUUGAUUUUGAGGAAGCUGGCAGCACUUCAGGUGGUUGUAAUCUAAAGAAUAAAUCUACUCAGUCAUUGGAAUAUUGUGCCGAAUUACUGGGUUUGGACCAAGAUGAUCUUCGUGUAAGUUUAACUACAAGAGUCAUGCUAACAACAGCAGGGGGCACCAAAGGAACAGUUAUAAAGGUACCCCUGAAAGUGGAGCAGGCGAACAGUGCUCGCGAUGCCUUGGCCAAGACUGUUUACAGCCAUCUGUUUGACCACGUAGUCAACAGAGUAAAUCAGUGUUUUCCCUUUGAAGCAUCAUCUUAUUUUAUUGGAGUCUUGGAUAUUGCAGGUUUUGAGUACUUUGAGCAUAACAGUUUUGAGCAAUUUUGCAUCAACUAUUGCAAUGAAAAACUUCAGCAGUUUUUUAAUGAAAGGAUUCUGAAGGAGGAACAAGAGCUCUAUCAAAAAGAAGGUUUAGGCGUUAAUGAAGUGCAUUAUGUGGAUAAUCAGGACUGUAUAGAUUUAAUUGAAGCAAAGCUGGUGGGAAUCCUGGAUAUUUUGGAUGAAGAAAAUCGCCUUCCGCAGCCCAGUGAUCAGCACUUUACAUCUGCAGUUCACCAGAAGCACAAGGACCAUUUCCGACUUACGAUUCCCAGGAAGUCCAAGCUGGCAAUUCAUAGGAACAUCAGAGAUGAUGAAGGCUUCAUUAUUAGGCAUUUCGCAGGGGCCGUGUGCUAUGAAACAACCCAGUUCGUGGAGAAGAAUAAUGACGCUUUGCACAUGUCUCUUGAAUCCUUAAUAUGUGAAUCCAGAGAUAAGUUUAUUCGGGAAUUAUUUGAAUCAUCCACAAAUAACAACAAGGAUACUAAACAAAAAGCAGGAAAGCUUAGCUUCAUCAGUGUGGGAAACAAGUUUAAGACACAGUUAAAUUUGCUUCUGGAUAAACUUCGAAGUACUGGAGCAAGCUUUAUUCGGUGCAUUAAACCUAACUUGAAGAUGACCAGCCACCACUUCGAAGGUGCUCAGAUCCUGUCUCAGCUUCAGUGUUCAGGAAUGGUGUCGGUUUUGGACCUGAUGCAAGGUGGUUUCCCAUCACGAGCUUCAUUUCAUGAACUCUACAACAUGUAUAAAAAGUACAUGCCAGACAAACUUGCACGGCUGGAUCCCAGGCUAUUUUGUAAGGCUCUUUUUAAAGCCUUGGGCCUAAAUGAAGUUGACUACAAGUUUGGAUUAACAAAAGUAUUUUUUAGACCUGGCAAGUUUGCAGAAUUUGAUCAGAUUAUGAAGUCUGACCCUGACCACUUGGCAGAGUUGGUUAAAAGAGUCAAUCACUGGCUUAUCUGCAGUCGCUGGAAGAAGGUUCAGUGGUGUUCGCUGUCAGUCAUCAAAUUGAAAAACAAAAUUAAAUAUCGAGCCGAGGCCUGUAUAAAAAUGCAGAAAACUGUUCGAAUGUGGCUUUGCAAGAGGAGACACAAACCUCGCAUUGAUGGUCUGGUUAAGGUGGGCACACUGAAGAAACGACUUGAUAAAUUUAAUGAAGUAGUAAGUGCAUUAAAAGAUGGAAAACCAGAGAUGAACAAACAGAUCAAGAAUCUUGAAAUUUCUAUUGAUGCUUUAAUGGCCAAAAUUAAGUCUACUAUGAUGACACGGGAACAGAUACAGAAAGAAUACGAUGCCCUAGUAAGAAGCUCAGAGGACCUUCUCAGUGCGUUACAGAAAAAAAAACAGCAGGAAGAAGAAGCAGAACGACUGAGGCGCAUUCAGGAAGAAAUGGAAAAAGAAAGAAAAAGACGCGAGGAAGAUGAACAGCGUCGAAGAAAGGAAGAGGAGGAAAGGAGAAUGAAACUUGAGAUGGAGUUGAAGAGAAAACAAGAAGAGGAGGAGAGAAAGAAAAGGGAGGAUGAUGAAAGACGUAUUCAAGCUGAAGUGGAGGAGCAGCUGGCCAGACAGCGGGAGGAGGAAUCCCAGCAGCAGGCAGUUCUGGAGCAGGAGCGCCGGGACCGGGAGCUGGCCUUGCGGAUAGCCCAGAGUGAAGCCGAGCUCAUCAGCGAUGAGGCCCAGGCAGACCUGGCUCUCAGGAGAAAUGAUGGCGCAAGAUCCAAAAUGACACCGGAACAAAUGGCCAAAGAAAUGUCAGAAAUUUUGAGUAGAGGUCCUGCUGUCCAAGCCACCAAGGCUGCUGCUGGUACCAAGAAACAUGAUCUCAGCAAAUGGAAAUAUGCAGAACUACGUGACACCAUCAAUACUUCUUGUGAUAUUGAGCUCUUGGCAGCUUGCAGAGAAGAAUUCCAUAGGAGACUAAAAGUGUAUCAUGCUUGGAAAUCCAAGAACAAGAAGAGAAACACUGAAACAGAGCAGCGUGCUCCAAAGUCUGUUACUGAUUAUGAUUUUGCACCAUUUUUGAACAAUUCACCUCAGCAGAACCCAGCAGCUCAGCUUCCUGCCAGGCAGCAGGAGAUUGAAAUGAACCGGCAGCAGCGCUUCUUUCGGAUCCCAUUCAUCCGCCCUGCUGAUCAGUACAAAGACCCCCAGAGCAAGAAGAAAGGCUGGUGGUAUGCCCAUUUUGAUGGACCAUGGAUUGCCAGACAAAUGGAACUCCAUCCUGACAAGCCACCCAUCCUUCUUGUGGCUGGUAAGGAUGACAUGGAGAUGUGUGAGCUGAAUCUGGAAGAGACCGGCCUGACCCGAAAGCGUGGCGCUGAGAUCUUGCCAAGGCAGUUUGAAGAAAUCUGGGAGCGCUGCGGAGGCAUCCAGUACCUUCAGAACGCGAUUGAGAGCAGGCAGGCGCGGCCCACGUACGCCACCGCCAUGCUGCAGAACCUGCUGAAGUAGAGGCCGCUCAGCUGGUGGUGGGGGCGCGCGCGAGACAUGUAACCCUUUCACGAUCAUAUUAGAAUUACUGACACAAAGUGAACAGAUUUCUUUAAUCAUGGCCUCUGGUUAAUUUGUCUUAGGUUAAUUAAGAUUAUGGUAGUGAAUUUUGAACUUAAAAAAUGACUUCCCUGUAAGCAGCUAUAAGUCUUGCACAUCUCGUUGUUCUGAUGCUUGUUACACUUGGACAGAUCCUGACACUUCUCAUCUUUUGCCAACAGCUUCCUGUAAGUCCAUCCUUACUGUUCUCUAGGAAAAAAAUAAUUUAAAAAAAUCAAGAUAUUUAAUACUUAGCGUGGCUCAGUAUCAUAUAACUGGAGUAAGGAAAACUUAGCCUAAAUUUCUGACAAUUAAGACCCUUAGAAUGAUCAAGGCACUGACGAUUUUGGUCUUCAGAGCUAUGUACUUUAAUAAACUCUUCAGAAAUUGAAAUUUUUGAUUUUCUUCCCCCUUCUCUUUUGCAUUGUAUCUUACUUUUGUGAAGUUGUUCUCCUUAAGUUCGAAAAUUAUAGACAAAGCCUUAAUGCACAUGCGUUCUGAGACACCAUGGGUAUCCCACACUGUGAGCUGCUUUCAAUGUUCUAGGUACAAAUCCAGGAAAUUUAGAUUCUUUACAUGGCUAAAACUUUUAACAUGCAUUUUGUUUGAUUUAGAAAAGGAAAUAGGUUUUAGGUGGUGCUGUGGUAUAACUGGAGUGACAGAAUUAAAAUAGCCUUUUAUCAGAAUUUCUGUAUCAGACUCUUGUCCAGGAUGUUUCAUACAGUUUAAACUGGUGUUCUGCUUCAAACAUCUUGUUUUUUGAUUCCUAGUCUUUUUUGGCUUUUCAGAUUUUGCUAACUGUUGAGCUGUUUUAUAAGCCUUGUAAUUCAAAAGCUCUUGUAAUUGCUUGUUUCAUGUAACUGAUAAUUUUAAAAAGUUUUCUUUGUGUGCUGUUAUUUUUGAUCAAAUGUCAGCAGUUUCAAACCUAAUAUUUAUGAUUUUCAUGUUAGGAAGUUAGAAACAAAGUUACAUCAAGAAGUUAUGUUGACAUGAUCCCUAAGGAGACUUGUUUUCUUAUAGAAUAAAAUUAGUAAAAUGAUUCUCAGCACCUUUCUUUCUGAUUUUUAAAGAUUCCAACCUUUGAAAUGAAACUUCAGAAAUUUUCUUUUCCUAGAAAGAAUACCUCAGUUAGGAAAGUAUUCCCAGCUGAUCAAAUUACUGUCUGUGAAACACAGACGCUGUUUUUAGAAUUGCUUCUCUGGUCCUAUGUGUCUUAGUACAGAGAUAUUUAUUUAUUAUGAUGCAAAUGAUUAUUUGUGUUAAGGAAAUCCAGUGGUCCUGUUUGUGAUGUUCCUUGAGAAUGUGAAUGCGAUCACUCCCCGGAGGCUGUACUGCUGCGUGGAAUGCUCUGCUGGGCAUUCGGUCCUUGUGAUUUGUGACAGAAGGCACAGUUACUGAAAUAAAUGGCCUGUUCUCUCUCUUUGA